AUGGCAGCAACAUCCUCCCGCCCAGGGCCACACACCCUACAGUCCUACGCCCCUCUAGCCCUCCCCCCCCAACUCAACCGCCUCGAAGACAUCUUCGACACCCCCUCCAUCAGCCACGUCGACCCCCUAACCAUCGAGGUCCCCCCCGAAACCCUCUCCCCCAAUAAUACCAACCCCCAAGAAAACGCCAACCUCGACAAAGGCGGCUUCCUCCCCGCCUUCCUGCACCUCCCACACGACUUCCGCCGUCCCCCUCCUCAGACCCCCCCCUCCUCAACCCACAACAUCCACCCCAACUCCCCCCACACCAACCGCACCGCCGCCCUCCUCCUCUCCGGCGCCGGCGGCGGUCUAGCAGGGCCUAGUUCCAUCUAUCUCGGGUUGGCGUGUAAAUUAGCCGCCCUCGGACAUGGAAAGGCACAGGGGAUUCCGACGCUACGAAUGGAUUAUAGGGAUCCGGGGGAUACGAGGGGGUGUGUGAGGGAUGUGAGGGCUGCGGUGGGGUUUUUGGGGAGGAAGUAUGGGGUUAGGAGGGUGGUGCUUGUGGGGUGGUCGGUGGGGGGGGAGGUUGUUUUUGGGGUUAGUUCUUUGGGAGCGGAAGUAGUGGGGUGUGCGACGAUGGCGGGACGGGGGUUGGAGCAGACGGGUGAUAGGGGUGUGGACGCGAUGGAAGGGGUGCGGCAUAUGGGAAGGGAAGGCCGGCCGGUGUUGUUGCUGCAUGGGAGUGAGGACGGCACUGUUGGUGUUGGGUGUUCGAGGAAGGUGCUGGAUGAUGGCCUGGGGGAUGUGCUGCUGCGCGUGUUUGAGGGGGAUAACCACACGCUGAGCAAGAAUGCGGAGGAGGCGGAGGUGAUGCUGUGUGAGUUUGUUGCGCGAUGUGCGGGGGUCAGGCUGGGUGGACGGGACAGGAAGAGUGUGGUUGAGACGGAGUUGGUCGAGGAUGUUGAGCGGUUGAGUUUGAUGCGGAGGGGGGGAGAUCUCAGGGGGGAGCGGGUGGACUGA